AAUUCUGAUUAAUAAUGGCUGACAAUGGUGUUGUUGGACGUCGAGAGCAUUGAGCUACAUCCACAAGUCCCAUCCCUCGCAUCCCGUGUUCACGGGCCAGCCUUCUCUGCCCCGGUCCUUAAAUACUCCCUCGCAUCUCUCGACUCACACAACCAUUGUUCACUCUUCUUCCUCAUUUCCUCUCCACUUCAUUCCUGUGAAUACUGAACAGAUAUCCUCAGCUUGGAAAGCGUGCACACAGGCAGGGAAGUACAAGUGGCUGACUGCUCGCAUCGACACCAUGGCAAACACCACGGCCAACGCUCGCGAGAUCCGGCGCUUGCAACGUGCUGAUGGACCCGCGGCCAUGCUGGCCAUCGGCACGGCAAACCCACCAAACUGCGUGUCCCAGGACGAGUACCCCGAGUACUACUUCCGUGUCAGCAAGAGCGAGCACCUUGCGGAGAAGCUGACUGACACACUCAAGAUAAUAUCUAAGCUUACGUGCCAACUUCUCCCUCCCUAAAGAAACAUAAGACCUUUUAGAUCAUUGGUCUAGUGAUCUAAAGCUGCCGGUAAUGGAAGUAAUCAUAAAUAGUAUCAUGCAUGUUAAUUAAACAAUUUUAAUGAGACGACAUAAAAUUAAAUAAAAAAAAGAGGAAGUUGAGUAUCAUAUUAUGAUACCGUCCUGCAUGACAAUAAAUGAACUAUUCUAUGAUACUAGCAUUUGAUACUAUGCACUACGGAUGUAAUAUUAUACAUUAAUAUCAUAUGCAUGAUACUGAUAUAUGAUACUUCUCAUUACAAUCUACUAUAUAUGUUUCCCAGUACUAAUGUUAAUUAAUUAAUUUGUAUAUUAAUUUGCAUAUUGGUUUAUAUUGGAGUACAAUAUAUUAAUUUGCAUAUUACAAGUCACACCUCCAUAUAUCGUUUGACUCUCAAGGCCUGUUAUAUAUGUUUCCCUGUCCUAAUUUUAAUUAAUUAAUUAAAUCAGGCGCGCUAACGGGGAAUGAGAGGCGUUUCACUUACAACACGGAGAAAAUGUUGAGCGCCCACCCCGAGUUCCUCGACCGCGCAUUGCCGUCCCUCGAACAACGCCUCGCCAUCGUUGCAGCCGCCGCUCCAGAGCUCCUUGCGGCAGCCGCGACCAAGGCCAUCGCCAUUUGGGGGCGUCCAGCCACCGACAUCACCCACCUAAUCGUCGUCACCAACUCCGGAGCGGGAGCCCCAAGCGCUGACGUCCACUUGGCUACUCUUUUGGGCCUCCACCACAACGUCCGCCGCACGGUUCUCCACCUCAACGGCUGCUUCGCUGGCUGCUCUGCUCUCCGCCUGGCAAAGGACCUUGCCGAGAACAACCGCGGUGCGCGCGUCCUUGUGGCCUGCGUCGAGCUCAUGAGUGUCGCCGGCUUCCGUGGCCCCGACCUAAGUGAAGACAGCGUCAACAACCUCAUCAGGAACACAGUGUUCGGUGAUGGCGCCGGCGCGGUGAUCGUCGGUGCCGACCCCGUGGAGCCCGUGGAGCGCCCGCUCUUUGAGAUGGUGUCCGCAUCACAGACCGUGGUACCCAACACCUUGCAACUGCUGUCAAUGGAGCUCAAGACCUACGGCCUCGAUGGAAAUGUUUCCACCAAACUGCCAAAACUGGUGGCAGACAGCAUCAAGCAGUGUCUACUUGAUUCGUUCGGUCCGCUUGGCAUCGAGGUCAAAUGGAAUGACCUCUUCUGGGCAGUGCACCCUGGUGCUAUUGCCAUCUUGGACAAGAUUGACAGGGUUCUCCUGCUGGAGCCCGGGAAGCUGAUGGCCAGCGCGAGAAUAUGGAAACAUGCUUAGCGCCACCAUCAUCUUCGUGCUCGAUGAGCAACGCCGUCGAAUGGAGGAGGACGGAGAGUGGGCUGAGUGGGGGGCCAUGGUGGGGUUUGGACCGGGUUUUACCAUGGAGACAAUGGUGCUUCAGGCCACCAGCAACCUCAAGAAAAAAUAAUUAGCACUUCAUUGUGCUACUACAAGGCUACCAGCGUUCAUGAUAUAUCCGUAUCUAUCCUUCAAAUUUGGUGAGGCGUUUCAGAAAACACUACUAUCUAAACAAAGUGACGCUGGUGGAGAUAAAAAAAUCCUGGCAAAAAAGAGAAGAAGAAGAUGGAGCACCUGUGACCAAAGAAGAAGUUCCUUUAAUUUUGGCUUAUUGCUGUUCUUGCUCUUGCAGCUCCUGUUUACCUAUCUAUCUUCACUGGUUGGUCUGUAAUAGUAAUAGCUAUGUUUAUGUGCUCAUGCAGUCACUGGACUCGCUGGCUGUCUGUAGCAAAGUAUAAGAAACGUCUUAAACUGGGGUACUACCAGCUGAUGGUGGUUACGAGCUCUUGUGGAGCUUCGCUUAGACCAGCUUCUCUGUCUAGCUGCCCUAGGAUAUCCUAGUUUUUGUUUGUUCCAUGUUUAGUGUUUGUACCAAGACAAUGGUGUUUUUUGAUAAUGGAAAUCUUUUACUCCCUCCA